UAUGAAUAAAUGAAAUAUCAUAUAAUAAUAUAAUUUUAUAGUGUUGUAACAAAUAUAGUUGAUAAUACAAAAUUAGAUUUAGGGAUACAAUCUAAAAUGGUGAAAUGGAUAUAAAGAACACGCUUAAGCUAUUCCAAAAUGGAAAUGGAAUAGUAUAUUCCCAGAAAACUAGCAUAAGAAGGUUUGAUAAGGCAUAGCGUAUUUCACGUCUUUGGCCAUUUUCCGAAUCUUGCUCUCUGGCAUAUGAUCUUAUUCCAGUCUUAUGCUCCUACCAAACACCACCUUCAUGUUAUUUGUUACAGCAAUCGGUUUGUUAAUUGGCAAUGACAUGCUGAUGAUUUUUCAAAUUAUGUAGUUACCAUUAUCAUGACGUAUUUAAAUUCAAACAUGUCCUUUUACAUGCUGAAUGUUCACUAAGUUGUAAUGUUUAAUGCUGUCACGGUCCCUCUUGAAAGACUAAUGCUUUAUUUUUUUUGAUUUGAAAGUGUGCAAUAAACCUUAAACCCUAAACUUUCUUUCAUUAUUUUGAUAUCCAUAUGAAUUUUUAAGAAGCAUGAUUCACCGGGUGGUAUGGGACAUACCAUACCGUGCCAAUUCGAUAUUGGUAUAUGGUACGAAAGGCGUAUCAAUAUUCGGUAUGCCAAAAAAAAUUUAUAUCGUACUGUACCACUAUAGUAAUAAUAUGGCAUCAAUAUGAGGUCCAGUGUUGCUAAGAAGAACAAAUUAUUUGUUUAUGCUGUAUAUAAUGUAGUUAGAGAAGUGCUUUCACUCGGUCAAUGGUUUCUCUCCUGUAACAUAAAUCUCGACCGGCCAUGCAGUGCAUGAACGACCGUACCAUUCCUUACAUCCUAUAAUUAAUAGAAGAAAUCUAUGCUUGGAUUGAUUUGACCAUAAGCCCAUGGGAGCAUAUAUCCGAAAAUUAAGCAAUAUUUAGAAAUAGAAGAGUAAAAGAGAAGGGAGAAGUCGUAGUUUCUAUCAAGGAUAGGCUUCCUGCUAACGGGAUGAGUGAAGUCAAACAGGUUACAUGUUUUUGUUGUGCAAUCGCCCAUUAUAAAGUGCAGAAGACAAUUAGUAAGUCAUAUAGUUCUCAACCAAGUUUGAAUCAUUAGAAACAACCAAAUUAUAUGUCAUCGUGUCGUAUCAAGAUGAGGGUUGACCCUGGAUGCCAGAGCCAGCCGCUUUUCUACCCUAAAGUCAGCCACGACAAGUGCAAGCAAAUCUAAAUUUAUGUCUCCAAACCAAGUAAUCUCCGGGAAAGCACGAAGCAAGUUCAUGAAAACCAUUUCCAUUGACUGCUCUAUUUGAAGGGAGACAACUGAAUCACUGGAAUUCCGAACAUAUUCGCGUUAAACUUUAAAAAGAGAGAAGGUGCACACGGAGACCCACGCAUCGAUUCUUUUCACGAGACCCACGCAUGGCGAAAAGGCUACGUAGCCGCGUUAGCCGUUGCAUAAACGCGGUUCCUAGUGCUGCAUAGAAUAUUAAUUAGAUGCUUAAUGCCCACUGCAAGACCGAGUCCUUUCUGAGACUCUUUAUAAACUCUUUCACCUCUCAGCCCCCCUUAGAAGUCACAGCCCCUUUCUCCCACUUAUCCAUUCUGACCACCACCAAGCACCCAUCCUCGUCACCUCCUUCCCUUCAUUGCCAUGUCAAUCCAAGGCCAGCUUCUUGAGGUCACAGUGGUUGGCUGCAGCAAACUGAAGGACACAGAGUGGAUAUCGAGGCAGGAUCCAUUCGUCUGCCUUGAAUAUGCCACAACCAAGUUUCGCACCAGGACCUGCACAGAUGGAGGCAGGAACCCUCGCUUUCAGGAAAAGACUAUGAUUCCCCUCAUCGAAGGCCUCCGCGAGAUCAGCAUCAGCGUCUGGAACAGCAACACCAUCGCCUACGACGACUUCAUUGGCAGCGGCAGGGUCCAGUUGCAGAAGGUCCUCUCUGAAGGCUAUGAUGACUCUUCUUGGUCACUGCAGUCUAAAUCCAGAAAGUACGCUGGCGAUGUAAAACUCAUCAUGCAUUAUGCACAAGCAGGCAAAGCACAAAAAUCUUCAAAGGCCGAAGCUCCAAUGAGCUAUGCACCAACUGCAUCAGUGUACAAUUCAGCAACUCAAUAUGCCCUUCCUUAUGCACCCCUGCAAACAAUGGCACCAACUGCUUCAGUGUACAAUCCAGCAACUCAAUAUGCCCUUCCUUAUGCACCCCCGCAAACAAUGGCACCAACUGCUUCAGUGUACAAUCCAGCAACUCAAUAUGCCCUUCCUUAUGCACCCCUGCAAUCAAUGGCUGCCCCUUCCUACCCUUCGGCUGGAGCUUGCCCUGCAGAAACCACUUACCCGGCACCAUAUCCACCCCCACCAUGUCCACCACCGGCUAAUCCUGCUCCUUAUCAGCUAGCAGCAUACCCUCCUCCCCCGGUGCCACCGGCAUAUCCAACUGCAGCGUAUCCACCCACCGAAACAUACCCACCAGCCAUUUACCCCCCUCCACCACAAGCCCAACCCUGUUAUCAACCAGCACCUUACCGAGGGGUCUAUCCACCACCACCAUAUUGAUGAGAGAAGAGAUGCAGUUGCUACUGAGAGUCCAGCUUUGCUAGUUUAACAUGUACAAUACUUGAUUCAGAAGUAGUUUAACCAAGACUUGUGGUUGUCUUUUUCUACUCUACUUUCAAAAAAUGCUUGUUUACCAAUAUGAAUGGGAAGCCAAUUAGUACAGGAGGAUUGCUGCUAUCAAAAUGGAAAUGAUGUUACAACCAA